AUGCAGUUCACCACCAUCGCCCUCUCUGUAGCAGGCAUGCUCCUCACAGCAUCCGCCACCCCAGUCGCCUCUCCUCUCCCAGCAGGUUUCGAACCCAUCACCGGCGAGGAAAUCCGUGCCCGUCUCGCUGCUCCCGAAAGUGCUUUGACCAAGCGCCAGCCUGGAGGUGUCUACAUCUGCACUGGAGCCAACUACUCUGGUACUUGUGGCUAUGCUGUUCAGCCUCUGUGCUCGAGCAGCUCGCCUUGCAACACGAGAAGCCAGAUUGAUGCGCACUGCGUUACUUUGACGAGCCCUUACUUGCGCAACAUUGGUUCUUUUGKGCCGGAUCAGGGUGCUAAUGUUUACGUUUCUUCGAAUGGAAACUGCCACGAGGCUGAUGGCGGUAUCUCUUACCCCGGGAGCACCGAUUUCAAGAAUUACCAUGCUGGUACCAAUGAUCACGAGGGACAGGUUAUUACGAGCUUCUUGGUUGUGGCCAAAUAG